GCGCGGUCGGCGGGGCCUGCGGCGGAGAGAGUGACCGGGCCCGGCUCCCCGCACUUAUAUGCCCCGUCCCCCGGCGGCCGCCUCCCCCUCCUGCUCCAUGUGGGGCCCGGGCCGGGCUCUCGGCCUCUCCUCCUCCUCCUCUUCCUUCUCCUUCUUCUACUAUGGCCCGGAAAACAGUUAGCAGGAAGCGGAAAGCGGCGGCCGCCGCCGCCGCGGGGCCCGGGGGGCUCCAGGGGGAGCAGUAUGGCUGGGAUCAUUCGGUUCACAAAAGGAAGAGGCUCCCCCCAGUGAAGAGGUCUCUGGUGUACUACCUGAAAGGUAGAGAGGUCAGGAUGCAGAAUGAGUCCAGCUAUCACCACUUGUUGCACGGAUACGCAGCCCAGCAGCUUCCUAGCCUCCUAAAGGAGAGAGAAUUUCACCUCGGAACCCUUAAUAAAGUGUUUGCUUCCCAGUGGCUGAACCACCGGCAGGUGGUGUGUGGGACAAAGUGCAACACGUUAUUUGUAGUAGAUGUCCAGACUGGUCAAAUUACCAAGAUUCCUAUUCUGAAAGAUCGUGAACCCGGCAUAGUGAACCAGCAGGGAUGUGGUAUUCAUGCCAUUGAGAUCAACCCCUCGAGGACCCUUCUGGCCACAGGUGGAGACAACCCCAACAGUCUCGCAAUUUAUCGUCUGCCUACACUCGAUCCUGUCUGUGUGGGAGAUGAUGGACAUAAGGACUGGAUAUUUUCAAUUGCGUGGAUCAGUGAUACCAUGGCUGUUUCUGGUUCCCGGGACGGUUCGAUGGGUCUCUGGGAAGUCACAGAGGAUGUGUUGUCCAAAAGCGAUGCCAGGCACAAUCUCUCUCAAGUUCCUGUCUAUGCCCACAUAACACACAAGGCUCUGAAGGAUAUCCCCAAGGAGAGCACCAAUCCUGACAACUGCAAAGUCCGAGCGCUGGCUUUCAACAAUAAGAACAAGGAGCUGGGAGCUGUGUCCCUAGAUGGGUAUUUUCAUCUUUGGAAAGCGGAGCACACACUGUCAAAGUUGCUUUCCACCAAGUUGCCAUACUGCAGGGAGAACGUGUGCUUGGCCUACGGUCAGGAGUGGUCAGUGUACGCGGUGGGGUCGCAGGCACAUGUCUCCUUCCUGGACCCCAGGCAGCCUUCUCACAACGUCAAAUCCGUCUGCUCCAAAGAACGCGGCAGCGGCAUUCGGUCGGUGAGCUUCUACGAGCACAUCAUCACUGUGGGGACGGGGCAAGGUUCCUUACUGUUUUACGACAUCAGAGCCCAGAGGUUCCUGGAUGAAAAGCCCCCACGGCCCUGCUACGGACAGAGGCAGAGAUUAGGAGGAAGUGAAAUCCUGAAGCUGACUACUGGGAAAGGCUGGCUGAAUCAUGAUGAAACCUGGAGGAAUUAUUUUUCUGACAUAAAUUUCUUCCCAAAUGCUGUUUACACCCACUGCUAUGACUCGUCUGGAACGAAACUCUUUGUGGCAGGAGGCCCCCUUCCAUCAGGACUUCAUGGGAAUUACGCUGGUCUCUGGAGCUAAUGAUAACUCUUUAUAAAUGCUGAUCUUUACAGAGAUUUCCACUUUUCUUUUCCUUUUUUUAACAACAGAAUUGUGUGAUGCCAUUGAUUUCCGAUCUAAAUGCAAGUUAUUUUUUGGCAGAGUUUUCUGUUAGCCUCCUGGUUUUGUACAUCUCUUUGAACCAGUUUUUGCUUUAACCUCCUUGAUCCUUUAUAUGAAGGGUGUUUGAAGUCCCUUUUUUAUUGUAUUUACUCCAAAUGACUCUUCCCCCACAUUUAGGCUAUCUUGGCCAUGUGCCCCCUCCCCUACUUUGCUGUGAGGUAGGAUUCCUUUCUUAUAGAGUGGUUGCUCCUGGGCUUUCUGUGAAAGUCUAGGGGCUGCGUGUGUGCAGGUACUUUGUGUCAGUUAUGUUACCUGGAGUGAGGACUACUUGUAAUUAAAAAAUAUUAAAAAUAUUUAUAAGAGAUAAGCUACUACUUUAUCUGCAGAGCCUGGCCCUGGCCUGGGUUGAUCUUAUUUUUUAAAAGUACAAGUCUAAUGACACUGUUUAUAUGUAGAGGGAUACAGUAAUUUUAAGCUGUACUCAUUGGAGCCCAGGGGUAAUGCCCAUCAAACCUAAACUGCAGAAGUCCUGCAGAACUGCAGGAGUUCUCAAAAGUGCAUUUGUAUUUGAACUGUCGUUUUCAGCAGUGCCAGGAGCAAAAAAACUGAUCAUCUGUUCCUUCCUUGUCUGUCCCAGGUAUCAGCUUGCACAACUGGAGUAAGAGUAGGCUGUUCUGCAGCGUGGCUUUUGCAGGGUGACAUUACUUUGAGGGCCUGCAGAGGCGCUGAGACAAAAUGGGGGCUAGGGUCAUGAAUGUUCUUGUCAUUCAAAAUGAACCAAAUCUAUCCAUUUUCCAGAUGAGCCAAGGUUCCUUGUAUGCUGCUGCAGUAGCUCAUGGGUUCUUUGUAAACUGCCUAAAACCCAAGACCUUUUUUGUCCCAGGUUGUGGAAGCUUUUCUCAUUUUAGCUGUUCUGGUUGGCUAUCUCUUCUAGUAAGCCAGUGGAAUAAAUAAACUCUUUUUUUUCCUCAAAGGUUAAAGAGUGUGUCUUGGACUUAACUAAUGUGAACUAGCAGCUUUCCAUGUAGCAAGAUAACUUGCAGUUUGCUCACGUUGCUCUAGCAUCUGCUGUCAAUCCUGCUUGCUGUAGGGGAGGCUCAGUCUUUCCCCAGAUGCCCUCCUGCCUUCUGCAUUCAACUUCCCUCGAACUUCAUGUGGGACUGCAUGAGGAGAAUAGAUCCAAUGCCCUUCAGGUCCAGCCUUGAAGGGCAUUCCAGGGUGAUGGUCUUGCCUAAUACUCAGCUAAAAUGCAGGACUCCAGGGUGCUCCACAUAGCCUUUUGGCAGGCACUGCACUCUCAGCUUGUUGCUGAGGCCUCUGUCCUGCUCGGGUGAAUGCCUUUCCCCUGCCACCAGUGGAGUAUAGAGUACCUGUGCCUCGCUGUUUUGGGCAGCUGGCUGAAUAUGAGAGGAGAGACAAGGCUGGAACAUGCUCUGUUCUCCUGUCUCUGCUGGAGAUGGCAGCCACCACUGUAGAGUAGCUCUAGUCCCUUACACAAUUCCUGCCAGAUUUGCCUAAAGCAUCCUCGUGGUCCUUCUCAUCUUUGUACUCCGUAUCUUCAUCAGUAACGCCAAGCAGUGAGCCUCAGACUUGCUUUCCAGUUGGUAGUGGAGACUUGGAUGGAAGUCCUGCAAGGAAUGCAGUUCCCUCCCAUCCGGUGGAAAUCCUGGCAAGAGAAGAGCUCUCCCAGAUGUGCACUUGUCCCAGAAGUAUAAUUUGCUCAAUCUGAGCACUGACACAGGUGCUUCACAAACAGAUCUUCUUGCAGCGUUUCAUAAUUCUACUUCCCUGGUGGGUUGAUAGCUUAAAACUGAAUCAGUUCACAGUGCUGCGUGUGUGGAUAUUCAGGCUUUUCACUGAAAAGGGGCAAAUUAUAUACCAUGGGGUAGAAAAGGAGCUCCCAAAUUUUAUUUAGAGUUGUUCAUUGUUUUUGAAAGAUGUUGCAAUGGUACCUGUGUUGUUCUGUUUGGUUAUUUUAGGGAUUUUGAAAAGUGGAAGUAUGCAGAGACAAACAAGCCUUGGUGAAGUACGGCAGGAUGUGUAUUUCUAGGAUUACUCCUCCAGCUACUGUGUAAGAUCACUCUGUCACAGGGAACAUGUUCUGCUUAGGUUUUUUUAUUUGGACUUGGUUUGAGGCAUUGCUUUUAUUUUUUGCUUGUUUUAAAGAAACUAGAUGCUUGAGUCUACUUGAGUGUCCUCUGGUUCUGCUGAAACGACAGUUACUAGUUGGGCACUUUGUCACCAGUGCCAAAGGAAAUUCUGGUCUGGAAAUCCUAGCCCUAAUGUUGAUCUAUUAAUUGAAGCAUAUUCCAGGUCUGAGUGAGGGAGCAAAAAGGGUAUUUGUAUGGACUGAGCUUCAGCCUCCAAACACGGAGGCUGAUCUCUCUGCAGAGUCUCUAGGUUACUGAAGAGGCAGCCCUGGAAAGUGUCCCUCUCCGCUGACUCUGAUCUCCCUGAGUACAUCAAAGUACCUCCUAAAGCCUGAUAGUGUGACUGUCCUUUUCUUCCUUUUUUGUCUGCUUACGGAGCUUUGGGCAAUUCUGAGAAGAAUCUGGACAAUGAUGUAAAAUUCUGCAAGUCUCACAUGCGUCUGUGUAUCCUGCUUUCGGGGUGCUUUCUUGCAAAGAUAACUUCUCAUGGGGAGGGAGCCACCCUUGUUGCUGUAUGAAUAUCCCCCUUCCUCAAAAUGGAAAUGAACUAGAUAGUGCUGCAAGCACGCAAACAAAUUGGGCCAGAGGGAACUAAAUUUCUAUCCAGUUUCAGUGGUUUUAAAGGCUUGUAGUGAUACAGAUGUUAAUUUUCAGAAUAUUUUGUGGUUGGUCAAUGUUUCUUAAUGUUUUCCCUUCCUUCCUCUUUCCUGCGCUCCUGAAUGUUCUGUUUGGGGUUGCCUACUCGCCCCCAGAUCACCCCAGUCUUUACUGUAGCAAUAUUGUACUUGCAGAGGUGACCUCUGUCAGUCAGAAAUGGGCGUUCUGGCUUUUGGUCAAGCCAUGCUUGAGACCUUCAACGCUUUAUUUUAAACUGGGUAGACUUUUGAGACUGGCUCAGACUGUAGAACUGGGCAGUUGCCCAUGUACAUGUCUGACUGAUGGGAGCAGUAGCAGUCUGUUCCUUGGUGGGGGGGGAACAGACUCUGGUUUAUCUUGCAUUAGGCACUUGAAGGAUAAAAAAGAACUUUAAACAUUCCUUCAGACCUUCAGACUUUUCUUCCUGCUAUUGAUUUUCAGUUGUGUGGGAUCUUUUGUGCUGCUGGUGAGUGUGGGAAGCAGUUAAUUUUACCACUCUUCUCAGUAGACUUGAUAAUUUGGGUAUCUUUGGGUAUUGCAUUUUCAGUAAUCAUAAUCACAGGUAAUCAAACUCAUGACUUAAUUAUAGGUUCACUAAUACCCAGCUUGUAAGUACUGGGUAGCAAUCCCUCAGUUAAUAAUUGGGUGUUCUGUGAUGGACAUUCCUAAGGCAGCAGAAGCUGCCUUGCAGCAUCAGCUUGAGCAAAGCAAGGAGGGUGGUGCUCACCCUCUUCACCAAACACCUUAUUCCUGGUAAUUCCUCCAGCUUUCUCCCUUGUACAGGGAGAAUUGCUACCACUCUCCUCGGGUUCUGUCUGGGAUUGUGGUAAAGAAACAAAUCCAUUUGUUUGGUUUCCUCAUCAGUGCUGCUGAUGUUAGUCCAAGGUGAGUUAAUUACCAAAGAGUAGUUAAUAAGUGUUUGUUCCUAGUCUCAUUUGUUCAUUUUCUGCGUAGAUCCAUUUUUAAGAUUCAUUGCAAGAGUGCCCAGUGAUCUUACUGGACUUAGUCUGUCCACGAAGUUUACAUUCACAUUGUGGGGAUAUAUUUGCUGCCUCCAUUUCUAGUCUUUGGCAGCUUUUUGUAUCUUAAGGAUUAAGAUACUUCUGUAUCAGUUAUUCUUCUCCAGAAUUUCAUCCUCUUCCUUCACCUGAGCAUUUGCUUUGUAUAUAGUUUGCAGCUGCAGAGUUAACAGAUUAAAGUUAUGAUCCAGCUAUGUGGAGUGGUGGUUUAGUGUCUUAAUUUCUGCCCCUCGGCUGAGAGGCACUUGCUGACCUUGUGAUCCGAUGUCCCUCACCUGGUGCGGAUGUGAAAUAAAGCAGGCCUGCCUAUACCCUUCGUGGAGGCCACCUGUUUUGUUUAGUUUGCAAGAAACUAAGAACAGAUGUGCUGUCGGGGGCUGCAUCCCGGCAAAGCAGCAGCAUCUUUCUGCAGCCAGGUGGGAGCACUGAGGCCUGCUUGUGGUGGUCCGAUACCCUUAUUUUCCAUAAAACUGCUUUGUCAAGGUGUCUGAGAGGUUCUUAAUUAGCUUCUGUCACAAUUGCUGCUAUGACUAAAAUUACCGAAGUGGGGUACUGCUGCAGAGCUGUGUGUGAUGCCAGGCACACGCUCUGUAGCCUAAAGCCAAGUGAGAAAUCCCUGUUACGCUACUGGCUGCCCCAUGGCCAGAGCCCGCGGUGUGACCGCAGCUGAAAAUGCAUUUCUGAGUGUUGCACUGCCUUCAGUAACUUACUCGAAGGUCUCUGAAGCACAGACACCAGGAAUUGGUCCACCUUGCAAACAAGGGAGAGCGGAAAGGAGAAUACAGCCACAUCUUCUCUGAAGGGGUCUCUGCUCUCCCUUGUCUCUGCGAGCAGGCGCUUCGGUGCGCGGUGAGGAUGGGCAAGGGGGGCACGAGAGACAAGGGGAAAGCCCAACAGUGUUAGGUAUUUGCUCUCAGGACUCCUGAGGAAUUUAAAAACACAGAGGGGAUAUUUGUUCAUUGCUCAGGAGGUACUUGUGAAAGGGCUUAAAUCGGAAACACUUUCAGAGAGAUCAAGUGGAUAUCCUUUUUCUUCAUUCUUUUUUUUUCUCCAUGUUAAUUUUCAAGGAUUUAAAUUAGUAUCUGUUUAGCUUGUGAUGCUGAGUUUCUUUAUUACUUGGCUAUUGAAAAGAAAGCUUUUGACAGAAAGGAAUCUUCCCAAUUAAAAAUUGAGUGCCAUUUUCUAGUACCCUGCUGGGAGCAGUAUGGUCUAAGAAAGUGCACACAGACCUAAACCCGGCUGCUGGGGUUGGCAGAGUUGGGAAAAUGUGGGCUGCCUGACCAUUUCAGUACCCAAAAAUUCACCAAGUAAACCCCUUGACUGUACACAGAUUCUGGUCAUUAGACUGAAGCUGGGAGGGUGUGUAAAAACUCUCGCAACAUAGUGCGAUGUCUCUAUAGUCCUAGACCGAACAUCUAGGAGCCAAUACAUUGUUUUCCUAGGAACUGCUUUUCUAGAUUCCCUUAUUAAUAGGGAAAAUUCAGGUGCUGAAUCUUAAAAUCUCAUUAAACUUGUACUUUUUAUUUGCCCAUUCACCUGGUCUCCUUUCCUUUUCAAAGCCUCCCACAGUCUCAGGGUAUAUAAAUCACUACGACUCAUCCAAAUAAUACUGAAACGGACCAACCAGAGGUUAAUGUGCCUUCCUCUUCUGGUACCUUGAUCUUUGUGAAGUUAUCUCACAAACUCGUCGCUGUCUUAGGGCUGGGUACAUGCAUUGUCUUUUUCUAAGAUGUACGUGUUGAAGUUGCAACAGGUUUGUACUGUUACUCGUGACUUGUUCCAUUUGUUUUAGGAUGUGGUGUAGACACAAAAUCAAUGCACUGGUUUGUCUUGGGGUCAGUCUUACCUGUGACAUCUGUCAGUGCUUGCUCGUAUGUUAAUAUGUACACAAAUGCUGGAUCUUCCCCCAUUGCCUACGAUGUACUUAUAUACGAUGCACAAACUACACAAGGCAUUUGAAAAUGUGCAGUGAUCACAACUUGUUGCCUGAGGGUGGGAUGUCCUUACAGUGAACUGUUUUUAAUGUUGGGGUUUUUUCCCAAAUAUACUUAAUAAGAUCCAAAGUCUUGAAGAAAAAAAAUAAUAAUAAUCAGGACUUGCUGAUAUUUGUUGGCUUUUGUUUUAAAUUCAGGGUCUGAUAUUUGUUAACGACUCUUGCAAUUCCUCCCAUUUAACAGAGCCUUUCUCAGCUUGCUGUUUCUGUCAUGAGCUGUAUCAGAAACAGCACUGGAUCCUGAACUACCACAGGAGCUGUGAAGUGCAGUAGUAACAGCUCUCUUCAAAUGUUACAAUGCACAUUUUUAACUGUAAGGUAAAACUGUUCAAAACUGCUGGUGCAGCUUGCAAAUGGAACAGUGGGAAGCUGCAGAUAGUAUGCAAAACCAGCCUGUCUGUCUGCACAUGGGGCUCCAUGUUCAGAGCUACCUUGUAAAUUGUUUCUCCUCUGAACAAUGAUUUUUUAAAUUUUUCCCCAAUAUAAAGACAUUACACAUUUGGCUUUGUUUUCUGAUUUAGCAAAGGAUAUCUUUGUUCUCAAACCCAAGCUGACAUCUGGAGUUUGGGCUGAGUUUGUGUCUCUUAUGCAACUAACAGAGGAUGGUGUGAUUGACAUAAGAUGUCCCUUCCCAGCUCUAAGGUUGAUUUGAUCAUAAGAGCAUGGAAACAGGAACACGUCUUCAUUUCCUGUGGCCUUGUACAUCCAUAGUUAACUGAAGUACAGUACUGUGGUCUGUUGAUCCAUGAGGCUAUACUUGCUUCUAGAAUCGGCAUGAUUAGUCAUCAAUGUAUUGGCAUUAAUACAUGGUCAAGGAGCUCUAAUGUGUGUGUAUUUCCUGUGCUGACUGUACCUGUUCUCUCUGUACCCCAGUGCAGACAUAAUCUGGAGUUCUCUUCCUUAGUUCUUGAUAAUGUCAGAGUUUCUUCAAAUUCAGUAAGGUCCUGUUUUUAUCAUGGUCACUUUUCAGAGUAGAACACAUUGGUUUAACUUCACUUUGUAAUCUUGAGCACCUUCCUCUUCUCCCAUUUCUUCCUAGUUCACCUUUAGCAAAGCUGUUUGCCUUGUCUGAAAAAUACGGAGUCAUAAUAAAAAGAAAACCUGUAGCCCCCUGUAGAAAGAUCACUGCUUUCACCAUGGACUCCAGUGGCUGGCUGGCUGCCUCAGAAGGGGGGACUCUGUUCCCGUGCAGUCUACAGGAGCUGGAAUUCUUCUGUGUCCGUGUUGUGCAGUGGAUGUGAGCAGAGCAGGCAGUGGAGCUGCCCUGUGUCUGCACCCAGUCAGCUUGUUAAACGGAUCAGUGGUGGUUUAGUCAACCAGAGAAGUGGCAUCUUUGGCUGCUGCUCAAUGUCAUGAGUAAAGAUUUCACCAAGAGCAAAACCAAGAGGGUGCAUCACUGACUCUCUGCUGACUUGAUCCUAUUUAAAGGCUUUCUCUACAGACUUUUUUUUUUUCCCUUUUGCAUAUUUGCUGGAUUAUGAAAAAAUUUGUUAUCGCGGGGGUACGGGCUAAACUCUAACUCUGUGCCCAAAAGGCAAAAGUUACUCUAAUGAGCUUUGUCCAGCAGUGGUGCCAAAGGCUGGCUACGCUCAGAGGUGAGCUGGUAGUGGGGUGUUUGAGCAAAGGAAGCCUUGAGGGUCUGCUCUGUCAUGCCAUGUGCUUAUGCCACUGCAGAUUGCUUCCUCCCAGAGCUUGUGGAACUGCAGGUCAUCCCUCUUCAGAUGAGAUGUGAAGAUGGUGUGGGGAAGAACCAGCUUCUUCAGAGGUCCCUUGCUCUCCCCCCUCGUCACUCAAGGUUACCAAUGCACUUGUCUCUGUUGUCGUGACUGAUGAUGACUAGUGUGCUCUUCUGCUGCCACCAGCCACCUCCACCUUCCUUCCUGAUGGAGUGAAAGGGCCUUCUCUGCAGUGCCCUCCACUUGGCUGGCUGUUGAGUUGACACGAGUCGGGGUGGAACAGGCCAAGUGGGACUUGCAGCUUCAGUUGGCUGCUCUGGGCUUCUCCCUCAGUGCAGGUGUGAUGGUGGGACCAUGACAGAAGUAGUGGGAUGAGUAACUUCUAAUGGGCUCUGUCAUUCAAAACGCUGUGUCUCCAUUCUCAGCCUCUCCUCCCAGCCAUCUUGCCACCCUCUGUCACUGAGGUUUCAAGCAAGUUCCCCAUCCUCUGCUGGUUUACUAGUCCAGGUACCAGUUCUGCAGAGCCCUGGGGGCACCAGUGUAAGCCCUGCUGCAGUUUGCUGGCUUAGGCAGCAGCUUGCUGAUGUGGGGCCUUGCUCACAGCCUCCCUAUUCAUUAGGCUCAGCCCUGGAUAUCCCUGUCCUAGUUUCCCCUUUUUGAUCUCAAAGGCUUUGCUCCAAACUCAUUCCUGCCCCAUGGAGGAGUUGGUUCCUGCACUGCUGGCUGUUCCAAUUCGUGGCUGUUAUUUUUCUCGUUGUUUAUUCCUGGGGUUCACUGCGUAUGUACAAAAUGCUCCAGACUUUCUCGUCUCUCCUGAGCGUGGUACAGGGUUCCAGGGCCCACCCUGUGAGGCAUCUCUAUUUGUCUACUUCCAAGGUGCACAGAAACAAGAAUCUCUCACACAAACAAGUUUUAGGGAGGAAAAACAGCUGCAUACACACAAGUGGAAAGGUAUCUCUGGGUAGAAUAGGUGAGGGAGCAGUUUUAGAAUUUUGACUAGAAGAACAGUAACUGAGUUUUUUUUUUUUAAUUUCUUCUUUUAAAAUUGCGUUAACAGGAAGUUUUUGUUCUAAUCCACAGAAGGUUGCAGUGUAAACUGGGGUUUUCUGUUCAUCAAUGCAAAAUGUGCCUCUCAACUAUAAUGCAAAAGUCAGUCUCUGUCUCUCUCUCUGUUUGCAAGGGAAGAAGUUUAACUGAAGACUGAUUUAACGUAUUUCUUGCUCUUAUGUGUAAUCAUCCACACAACAGUCCUUGCUGGUCUUUUCCUGCGCACCAUACGGCACUAUCCCUAUUUAAAAGCAAAACAGGGAUUGCAUUGAGCAGUGGAACCUGCUGAACUUCCUUGGUCGGAGAGACUGGAGAGAAGAGUCCAGGUUCCACGUGUUUUAAAUAACAGCUUCAAACCAAUGCAGCUACUCUCUCAGAUCAGCACCACUUCCUACCUUUCCCUCCAUUUAGAUGGGAAUUUAAAAGUAAAACCCAGCAAUACAUGAUCCAGUUGACGUGCUUGCAGGUGGAACAUGGGGUUCUUGAAAUGUGAGGAUUGAGAUGUCUUUGGCUUGUGGAAGAACUCGGUGUGGGUGCAAGAGCUUGGAUCUCAGAUUACAGCCCUUCUGCCAGCUUGCUAAAUGCAAUCAGCUACUCCAGGCUCUUCUGAAGAAGACUGUGGUAGAAGAGCUGUGGAGGUGUAGGCUGGAACUGAUCAUUUUAGGUCAUCUGUGUGUUGCUUGACUACAUGAACAAUGUAAUAGUGAUUUAUUUUUUUUACAGAUUGCUUUCCAUGUGUCAGUCACAAACAACUCUUAAUUUGCCGUUUGGAGGAAAAUUGUUAAAUAGAUACAUUUCCAGAUCAAAUUAAGAGCCUGAUUUUUCCAUCUUGCAUUAACCGGGUUACUGUGUUCACAUGCCAGAAAGAUGUUGCUCUUUGAAAAAGCAUGUUGGUGUAUGUGGCGACGACCCAUGCACUUUUUAAAUACCUAGAUCUGUACAUUCUCACCUGAGUAUCGUUAACCAUGCUGUAGUCUGACAAAUGGAUCUUUUACUACUGCCCUGUUAUAUAGAUAAUUGUAAUUAACUGCAGUUUGUUUUUUCCACUACUUGAAGUUGUGUGAUCUGAAAACUGGUGAACAAAAAGUAUUUGUGCAUCUUACUAUGGGUAUCUCUAAAUAAAAUGUAUUUGUAUAGCGUG